GUCCAGUCCACCCAGCUCGAUCUAGCGCCUUGAUUAGCAGCUAAACGUUUUAGUACAGCGAUCGUAUUGCAUCGCGGCCCCAUAACGCGCGCAUACCCGCAGCAGUGAGCCGCACCGCUCGGUAUAUUACGAGCACACAACACAGCGACAGUGAGUGGAUCCCAGCGCCCGCGCGAGGCGAGGCGCCACCGAUAACCGCACCAUGCGCGCGUCGCUGGCCGCGCUGCGGCGCCGGCUCCCCGAGCGCAGACAGCUCUGGUCCGGCGCGUUAACGAUGUUUUAUACCGGCACACGGCCCGUCAUGGUCUUCACAGCCGGCGCGCCGGGCGCGGGCAAGACCUACACCUUGCAUCGCCUGUUCGGCCUCGAAAAUGUUGAAAUGUUAGAUGCUGUUGAUAUGCUCGACCUGGACAGCGCGAUGAAGCGCCAUCCGGAGUACAGCGAGGAGCGGCCGGCGGAGCUCUACGGUAAAAUCGACGCCUACAACUGGGCCAACGAGCGGGUCGAGAGGCGGUUCCAGAAGAUGCUGCGGCAGCCUCGCAAGGAGGACGGCCGGGGGAGAUUUGUUUGUUUCGACGGCACGGGCACUCGCGUGAAGCGACAAAUCCGUCGCAUGCGGGAAGCGCGCGAGGCGGGGUUUGAUGUGGUGCAACUCUACGUGGAAGUGUCCCUAGAAACGGCCUUGCGACGGAACCAACAACGAGACCGAACGGUGCCGGAAGAAGUGCUGAAGGAGUAUCUCGAUCGACUCGAUUCUGCCGUAGAAGCCACGGUCCAGCACCCCGACGGCUUAGUAGAUGCUGCUAUCGCGAUGAACAACGACCUGGAUGAUGAUUUCAAUACUGAUUCUACGCGUUUUGGGCGACACGCCGAGUGGAUCGCCUCCACGUCGCAGAAGCACGAGGCGCUCUUCGGCCGCGGCUGGCGGCACACGUUCGCGGGGCCGGAGGAUCCCGGGCCGCCGCCACCGCUGGAGGAGGACGAAGAGGACUUCCGGGGGAGAACGUAAUCGUGGGCUUGUGUUU